AUGAUGAAAACCUUAUCGCUCCAGAGUAGGGCAAAAACGACUGCUCUCAAGCAGCCUAAAGAGAUUUUUGCUUUUGCUCGAGACAUAGACGGCGAAUUCGUGUACGACCAGAAAAUAGUCAAAGACGAAAACGUAUCGUACUACUACUUGCCAGACUCCAAGAUUGAUGGAAGCAUCGACUUGCAAGCUGGGUACGCCAAAUUCAAAAAAAUCCCAGAAGAGAAGAACAUGCUGGAUAUGAAGUGUUUGCUUACGGCACUCACGAAGUAUGAGCAAGAACACAACAACGGCGAAAAAGUAAAUGUAGAUAUCAUCACAUACCGAGGGUUAAUGACUAAAUUGCUUGCUUUACCAUACAACUUGAACGACCCUGUAGAUCUCAAUGUACUAGCCUAUGAUGGACAAUUGUUUAUCAACAGCGACGAGGAGAUCGAAUUGGCAAGAAGAAAAGAAGAAGACGAGCACAAACAACAGAGUAUGACUCCAGAAAAGUAUGAUCACAUGAAGCGGUGUGAAUUUAGCGGAUACAAGUUUGAAGCCAUAGCCACAUUGCCCAAGCCCUGGGCCGACUGUAGUCGUCAACAAAUCGAUAAAAGAGGCAAGAAAAUGGUGAACAACUACGAACAGUAUAUUUCAGUAAUAAAGACUGGCAUUGGUGAGGCCAAGAUGCUUUUGGCAGGAGAAGUGGACUGUGUGUGGGACUAUAUUCCAGAAGACGGAAAAGAUGUUCUUUCACAUUAUAUGGAGUUGAAGACAACUAGAAUAUUGGAGUCGAACGGCCAGGUGGUCAACUUUGAAAAGAAGUUGUUCAAGACGUGGGCCCAGUGUUUCUUGAUGGGUAUCCGUAAAGUGGUGUACGGAUUCCGUGACGAUUCGUUCUUCUUGCGCGACGUCGAGUUGUACAAGACGGAGGAGAUCCCGUUGCUAAUCAAGAACAAUGCGCUUACUGAGAACAAAUCCGGGGGAAAGAUCAACUGUACCACUGCCUUGAAAUGGUAUGGAGCAGUCAUUGAAUGGCUCUUGCAGGAGAUUCCAAGAGACGAUACUUCCAAGGCCUAUCGAGUGAGUUUUGAUCCAAGCACAAGAACUUUCACGUUAAGAGAGUUGAUGGGUAAUGAGAAUAGUAGGUUGAGAAACGGCGAGAUGUUGACCUCGGAAUUCAAGCAAUGGAGAGAAAGCAUCCAAAAGUGA